CUUUGAUCAAACAUACUCCCGUCAAACAGAUAAACUAUUCCUCAAUUGAUAUACAUCUCUCUACACAAGUGCUGCCAAUCGCAUAUCUCAACACAAUGAUGUUGACAAAACCAUCCUCUUCCCUCAAGCUUCCCUCUCUCACUCCCACCUAUCGCACGUGGACUCGCAGCUUUGCCAGCGUCACUCCCGUUCGGCUGCCGAAGAAACAAGCCCCACGUCUAAACCCCACCGGAGCGGUUGACCCCUCCAUUCGUCUCAAACUCUUCCCCUCCAAAGCUACACCCUUAUUCGUAUCUACCUCACCAUACCGUGUAUACCAGACGAGACAAUUAAGCACAAUGUCUUCCGUUAAAGAAUACUCUCUCUUCUGUCUGGAGAACCCUCUCCUCGACAUCCAGGCUCAGGGUGACCAGGCUCUUCUGGACAAGUACGGCCUCAAGCCUAACGAUGCUAUCCUCGCUGAGGAGAAGCACAUCCCUCUCUACGAGGAUCUCCUCAACAACUACGAUGCCAAGCUCAUUGCUGGCGGUGCUGCUCAGAACAGUGCUCGAGGCGCCCAGUACAUCCUUCCUCCCAACAGCGUUGUCUACGUUGGUGGUGCUGGUGACGACAAGUACUCUGCCAUCCUUCACGACGCCGUCAAGGCUGCUGGCCUCCGCGUCGAGUACCGUGUCGAUCCCAAGGAGAAGACUGGCCGUUGCGGUGCCAUCAUUACCGGUCACAACCGAAGCUUGUGCACUGACCUCGGUGCUGCCAACCACUACGACCUUGACCACCUGAAGAAGCCCGAGAUCUGGAAGCUCGUUGAGAACGCCGAGGUCUACUACGUCGGUGGUUUCCACUUCACUGUCUGCCCUCCUGCCAUCAUGGAGCUCGCCAAGCAGGCUGCUAAGGACAACAAGCCAUUCGUCCUCUCGCUCUCUGCUCCCUUCAUUCCCCAAUUCUUCAAGGAGGUUGUCGAUGCCAGCGCCCCCUUCUGGGAUUACAUCAUUGGUAAUGAGACUGAGGCUGCCGCCUACGCCGAGUCCCACGACCUCCCCAGCAAGGAGCCCAAGGAUGUCGCCAAGCACCUUGCCAACCUUCCCAAGGAGAACAGCCAGAGAAAGCGAGUUGCCAUCAUCACUCAGGGUACCGACCCUACCCUGGUUGCUAUCCAGGGUGAGGAUGAGAUCAAGGAAUUCCCCGUUCACGCCAUUGAGACGGAGAAGAUCAACGAUACCAACGGCGCCGGCGAUGCCUUUGCUGGUGGUCUACUGGCAGGUAUCCUCCAGGGCAAGCCUCUGGAGACCAGCAUUGACAUGGGACAAUGGCUCGCUCGUCUGAGCAUCCAGGAGCUCGGACCUUCGUACCCCUUCCCCAAGCAAACCUACCAGGCUGCUUAAAUUUGUUAACAACUCAUCUUUCAAACCCUGCUUGAGAGUUUGAAUGUGGUUCGGCGUUGCAAGGGAAAAGGGAAACGGUUUCAACAACGGCGUUUGCAUCCAAAGGGAGAGUAAUACCCCAACUGUGGGCUCCCAAGCGCACUAAGCGGCAUGGUAUCCUCCACGAUAUCGAGUAUUUGGCAAGCAUAUUAUCUGAGUGAACAUAAAAAUGAAUGACUUCUUGCUUGAGAACCCAAGAUCUUGCACCGACGAACGGCGUCCAAGCCAGCACACUUGUCUUAUACCUGAUGACACCGAACCGACCUGCGCGAUAAGCUGAACCAGCUGUAGGGAUCCGCAUCCAAAUCAAUGUAGAGACUCGCACAUCCAAAAAUAACAGAGCAUGUUGCAUGUGCGAGCUGAUCGAUCAUGCCGACAUCUUUAACCGCCGCAGAGGAACUCCAAAAAGUCAGGUCACAUGCAGGUACGUGGACUGUUGCCAAACAACGCAUCGUCGAUCUGGCGGCCGAUCGCGUUGGACUCUGAAUGUCUUGUCUGGAAAUUAAGAAUUUCGAGGGCGCAAUGACCGGCAACGGACUUGGGUAAAAUGGGCUUCCCUCUUAGAAGCACGGGAAGAGAAGGUAGUUUCGUUCUUACACAUCUUCAGCCUCUACUUGUUGCCGUAGAAUGCAGCCUGCAAAAUGGCAGCAUCAUAGCUAGAUGUCGUCUCAUCCAUCUGGAAACGCCGGCCUGAAGAGGCUGGCACCGACUCCUGGGUGCGGCUGCGAUCAUAGCGACUCAUAUCCAUGUAGCCUCCAUUUGGCAUGCCAAAAGACGCCCCGUUAGAAGGGGUACCCUGGUAUAGGCUGCUUGAAUGAGAGAAUCCAGACAUAGUAGAUGAUGUAGGGUAACCAUUAGAGACCUGGCGAUGGACAUAGGACUGCAAAUUCGGGUUGCUGGGAAGACGGCUUGAGCUCUGGCCCCAUUGGCUCAACGAAGAGCUUCGAGGGGCGCUGGGACUGCCAAAGGUCUGUAGCAGAUUAUUGCGGUGGGCCUCUUCAGCUGCAGAAGCGAUGCGAGGACUUGCCAUCAUGCCACUGGUAGCCCGAGGGAUUGGCAUGGCGGGUAGCUGAGGCGUAGAGUUAGUAUAAGGAUCCUCAAACGUGCUGACGUUUCGUGACAUCUCCCGCGAUGCAAUGAUAGGGCUAACAGAGGCGUCAAAAGCACCCUUGUAUGCUGGAGUAGAAGCGUCACUGUCCCUGUGAGGCGUAGGUGUGUACAUCCAGGCCCAAGGCAAAGGCUCAAACUUGCCAGAGGGCAAAGAGUCAGCAGGGGUUGGUUCAGCAUGAAGCAUUUCAAACACCUCGUUUGCUGUGGUACUGUUCAUUCCGUAGGAGGUUUCGUCAGUGGACUGAUGGUUUGACUGAACCUUCUCGGGGGUAGGUGGCCUUAGGAAAGGUGUGAGCAUGUUGAUAACAGUGUUAUCAGCAUCGUCGGGGGAAGGCUCUUCUCUUGGAAGUUGAGUCUCGGGAGAUGCCGCGAAAGAUCUUCUCGCAGUUCCGUUGAAUUCGGGGCGGUUGUCCACCUGCCGACUUUCAGAAGUCUUGCGCUGAUGGCUUGCGAUUUUAGUCUUGCUCUUUGUCUCUCUAGCAGGAGAAUUCACAAUAGAUAUGGGUUGAUGAGCCGGCUCGUUCUGGGCAGGCAGUGGCGUAUGUUCAAAGACGAGACCUUGCUUCAAGACCUGGUAGCUAAGCGGGCACGAGUCAUCUUCAGCCAGGAAAUAGCCGCAUCGGAGAAUGUCCAAGAUUCUGGCCAGUAUCUCCUGGAAGGAGCUGAGUCGGUGCUCUGGGGAUGGCAGUCUUGGCUUCAAAGCCCCAUUGUCUGAACAGUAGUACCGGCAUGCCUCAGGGACUUUAUCCUCGGCGAGAGGAAGCAAACCCUGU